AUGCACCGUCAGUGGCUACAAUAUUCUGUAUCAAAUGACUCUGUAUUUUGCUUCUGUUGCAAGUUGUUUGGUAAUUACACAAACCCGCCAUCAUCUCUCUCUGAUAAAGGAUCCAAAGAUUGGAAGAACAUCACUGCAAUUUUGUCACAACAUGAGAGAAGUAAUGCACAUUUGGUCAAUUUUCAACACUGGAAGGAGCUUGAAAUACGAUUGAAAAACAAAAAAACAAUUGAUGAAGAACACAUGCGCAUUAUUAAACAAAAGGAAAAGUACUGGCAGCAAAUCCUUGAACGAUUGAUUGCUUUAGUGAGAGUUCUUGGUAUACAAAAUCUGGCCUUCCGUGGAACCAAUGAAAAAUUGCACACAGCAGGAAAUGGCAACUUCCUGAAAUUUAUUGAAUAUCUUGCUUUGUUCGACCCCGUAAUGGAUGAACACAUUCGUAAAAUAAGAGAUAAAGAGACCUAUGUACACUACCUUGGAAAAGAUAUACAGAAUGAACUAAUUCAGCUUUUAUCCAACAUUAUCAAAGAAGAAAUUCUUAAAUCUGCUCAAGUUGCAAAGUAUUUUUCUAUAAUUAUUGAUUGUACACCCAAUGUAAGCCACGUUGAACAAAUGACCAUGAUCCUUCGCUUUGUGAACAUAGCUUCAUUAACUGAUUAUUGCGAACCUGUACGCAUUAAAGAACAUUUCUUAGGAUUUCUGCCACUAAAGGAAACAACUGGUGCUGGUAUGACAGAAAUUAUCCUUCACCAGCUAGAAGAGAUGUCAUUGCCUGUUGCUAAUUUACGUGGUCAAGGCUAUGAUAACGGAAGCAAUAUGAAAGGGAAGGAAAAUGGUCUUGGUGAUAUUUAUGAUGCCCUAAUUGAAAUCUAUAAUGACAAUACCCUCACUGGAGCAUCUGGCAACACCUCAAGAAUAGAGGCACAAGGUCUUGCAAAAGGCAUUUCUAAUUUCAAGUUUGUAAUUUCUCUAGUGGUUUGGUAUGGUAUAUUGUUUGAGGUCAUUAUGACAAGCAAACAGCUUCAGACAAAAGAAUUUGACAUACAUAAUGCCAUUAAACAACUGAAUGAAACAAAGAAGUUUCUUGUAGACUGCAGGAGUGAUGAAGGGUUUGGGAAAGUACUGGAAGAGGCCGGUGAACUUGCUGAGGCACUUGGGAUACCAGCACAGUUCGAAGUAGAUCCUGUUCGCAUUAGUAGAAAGAGGAAGCAGUUCAUAUAUGAAGCAGAGGAUGCGCCUAUUCAGAAUCCUAAGGAAAAGUUCAAAGUGAACUUUUAUUUUGCUGUGCUUGAUACAGCUGUGCAAUCAGUUGAAGAAAGAUUCACGCAGAUGAAUCAAAUUAGUUCUGUGUUUGGCUUCCUCUAUAAUGUUCACGGUUUACAGAAUAGAACAUCACAGCAAAUUAUGGAAGAUUGUUGCAAGUUAGAGCAAGCUUUACAACAUGGCGACUCCAAAGAUAUUGAUGCUUCUGAUUUAUGCAGUGAAUUACAAAGUAUUGCAAGGCGGGUUCCAGAGUGUACAUCUCCACAAGAUGUAUUCAACUUUUUGUGUAAAAAUGAGCUGAUAGAUGUUGUCCCCAACACAUGUAUUGCUCUUCGCAUCCUUUUGACCCUCCCUGUGUCUGUGGCCAGUGGCGAGAGAAGCUUUUCCAAGCUAAAGUUGAUCAAAACAUAUAUUCGAUCUUCCAUGAUGCAAGAAAGACUUGUUGGUCUCUCUCUUUUGUCAAUAGAACAUGAGAUCGCACAAAAAGUGGAUCUGAAAGAGCUUGUCUCUAAAUUUGCUAAAUUAAAAGCGCGGAAAGUAAAAAUCUAA